AUGCCUCGAGUGUGGCGAGACGUUGGUUUAGAAGAGAGUCAGGACAUGUCUAAAAUAUUAAUCCUUGACCAUCUUACACCAAGAAUGCAGGAGUUGUACGGGAACACCAAGUCAUUCAAGACCAGGUUUGGUUUCCAGUUCUGCUGGGUCAAAAAUGGAACCAUUUUCCUUCGCAGAUCAGAAGAUUCACGUUCUUUAAAAGUCCGUUGCCCUGACGAUCUCUCUCGGAUCAUCCAAGAUGAACAGGAAGCCUUCAGCUAAGUAUUUGUAUGACUGUAACUAGAAGAUUUUAGUGCUCUAAUAUUUAGCAAUGGCGAUUUCAACCGAAGUUAAGCAAAAUAAAGCUUUCUUCCUUGAAUUACCGUACCGUGGGCAGAGCUCCAUAAUCCAGUGCCAUGACAAAUAUAAUAAUCUCUUAACAAAUGAUAACCUUCCUUCUAAAAAAUAUCUUGAACGAUUACCUAGCCUAUAUGACAUUGAUAUCUUCAGUCUGAACUCUGUAAACAGUAAAUUUUACAACACAGAUUUCUCUGCUAUUUAUCCUAUCCGCUGUAAAUACUAUUCCCUGUAUAGUUUUAGUCAGCUAAAAAAUCAGUUAAAUGAACAACGUUCUGAAAGUCAUUUAACUUUUUUUCAUAACAAUGUUAGCAGCUUAAAAGGAAAUCUCGAAAACUUCCAAACCCAUUUGCUCGAUGAACUUAAUUAUCAUUUCAGUGUUAUUGGAGUAACCGAAACCAGACUUAGAAAUGCAAAUUCUAUGGACUUCAAUCCUGAAAUUCCAGGUUACACUUUUGAAUACGUCCCGACACCUCUUUCAGCUGGUGGCGUCGGCAUGUAUAUUGAUUCAGAGAUAAGAUACCCAGUUUUAGAGAAAAGCUCUAACGAAGCUUUUCAG